AUGUCCGAGUUAGAGCUCUUCCCCUCCGACGAUGAAUCUUUCAUCACGGAGUCAUCUCAACCGCAAAAUGCAGAUCCAGCAACCCUUCCUUCUCCAGCAGCCAAUGGCAACAUCGAGCCUCCAUCCUCAACCAGGGGACGUCGGCCCUCCAGAUCCUCUCCGCAUACUCCAAGGCGCCGAAGACUCCCCUCACCACCGCCAGCGAGGAACUCAUCAUCUUCAUCAUUGUCUUCCUCCGCGCCUUCCCACCUUCCAGCUCCCCCUAACAUCCCUCCCAUAGGGAACUCCAAUUCCUUCGGCUCGAACGAGCAAGGCUCGCCGGGCCCCGAUCGCUCGUCCCGCAGUACCUCCUUCCUCACUUGCAGCGCUAGGCUCCGCCCCCAGCGCCACGGCGUCACAGACCUUCCGCUAGCCUGGGCCGCGCCCCGGAACCAGUCACGGAUGGGCGCCAAUCUCCUCCAGCCCCCCCAUAAUUCUCCAUAUCCGAGCAUCAAUAGUCUCAUCCCUCUCGAAGAGUAUUCUCUUAACUAUCAUGAUAUCGAACAAGCCAUAACCAUGAUUAAAAUAGCUGGACGAGGUGCAUGGCUUGCAAAAGUAGAUAUCUCCUCUGCUUUUAAAGUAAUGCCAAUCCACCCCGAUUCAUGGCACUUAUUCAGCGUAAACUGGCAGAAAAAGUAUUAUUUCGCUGUGCGCUUAACUUUCGGCUGCAAAAGCAGCCCAAAAAUCUUUGACACUCUCUCUGAAGCCAUAUGUUGGAUCCUUUCCAAUAAUUAUGCAAUUCCUCAUCUUCUCCAUCUGCUCGACGAUUUCCUAAUAAUUUCACCUCACGACAUCAUCCCCGAGGCUCACCUCCUCAUAGUGAAAAAAGUUUUCGCCGAACUAGGGAUUCCGUUAGCCCACGAGAAAACAUCGGGUCCAACUACAUCCAUCGAGUUCUUGGGCAUCAAUCUGGACUCAGCAAAAUUCCAGGCCUCACUGCCUAAGGAAAAAAUCGAUCGCAUCAUUUUAAUCGCUUCCAAUUUUACAGACAGCACAGAUUGUUCAAAACGCGAACUUCUCUCGCUGCUGGGCCACCUAAAUUAUGCGAUGCGCAUUAUUCCACAGGGCCGACCUUUUAUCGCGCAUCUCCUAGCCCUCUCUUCAUCCGUUCAUGGGCUGGAAGAUCGGAUCAUCCUUUCCGACGAGUCAAAAAACGAGCUAAAAUUAUGGAUUAAUUUCCUCAAUCAGUGGAACGGCUUAACUUUUUUUUACGACGACUUUAUCUCUCUCCCCCUCGAUAUCAAACUGUUCACAGACGCAGCUCCCUCGAUCGGCUUCGGCGGCUAUUACCAAGGACGCUGGUUCGCGUCUCCCUGGCCCCCCCAGCUCCUGGACACACCCCAGUCUUCAGCCUCCUCUGCCCUUUUCGAGCUCUACCCAAUCGUCGUCGCAGCUUCCCAAUGGGGGAAAGAAUGGUCAACCAAAAGCAUCCAAAUCCAUUGCGACAACGAAGCAACUGUUCACUGUAUCAACAAAGGUCGUUCUCGCUCACCUGCGCUGAUGCCACUCCUCAGACGCCUCAUAUGGAUCUCCGCAUGCGACCAGUUCUUAAUAACUGCAAAUCACGUUCCAGGGGCUCAAAAUCAAAUCGCUGACUCUCUCUCCCGUUUCUCUUUUCAGAAAUUCAGGAUGCUGGCCCCAGAAGCAGACCCCACUCCAACUCCAGUACCUCCUUAUUUGCAGCUGAUCUUCCCAUAAACCAUCCGCUAAAAUCCCUCCUGGACACGUCCAUCGAAUCCAUCCUCCAAGCCGUCUCUCCCAGAACCCUGCAAACUUAUUACACCGCAUGGAAAUCGUUCAAAUCAUUCCAC